AUGCAGAUUCUCCCACGACGAUUGCGAUUUAUGAGCAAUUUAAGCAGAAACCCUGGCACGAACACUUCUAUCCCAAAGACGGCUGGCCCUGGAAUUCGAGGGCCUGGGCGCUCCAAGAACGCCUAUUGUCUACGCGGAUUCUGUAUUUUACCAACGGACUCCACCGUCGUUACGAAGACCGCGUUGCAGGAGAUUGACGCCCAUGCGCUUAUGGGCAUGUGGUACCGCAUUGUCGCCGAUUACAGCAGCCGACACCUGACCAAGGGACAGGACCGUUUCACUGCGAUAUCAGGAGUUGCGCGCAUCAUUGCAGAGAGAGUGAGAAGCGAGUACUGUGCUGGGCUAUGGGCAUCGGAAUUCGUCUACGGGCUCCUAUGGAAGUCGUCGUAUCCAAUCACGAAAAUACUCAAGUGGCGUACUGAACACGACUACAACUCUGUCAGUCAG